AUGUCUACACACGACACACCACAACAGCCUCGCAAUGCUACGCGGUCGAUAAUGGGUUCUCUCAUCCAGGGCCUGCGAAGGCUCUACUCCCUCGACACGCUCGACACUCGUUUGACCACCUCAUCCACCACCCCCAUCAAAACCGCCGUCUCAGACUCGACGCGAGAUCCCACGGCUGGCAAAGAUGCUCGAGCACAGGAGAUUGCUUCCAGGGCGCAGCCGUCGAAAUGGAAUACGCCGGAAUUCUAUUUCUAUUAUUUUGUAUUUAUCACCGUCGUGCCGAUGAUGUUCAAGACGGUCAUGGAUGUUUCGCAGCCCGAUCAUCCUGCGUAUGCGAAUUAUGUUGAUUUACUAUCUCCGGGAUGGAUUCCGGGACGCAAAGUUGACAACUCCGAUGCUCAAUACGCCAGCUUCCGCGACAACAUUCCGUACCUCUUCAUACUCCUAAUCGUCCACCCGCUCCUGCGUCGAGUGUACAAUUACUUCAAUCCUAUCCCCACAGCAUCACCUAGCGAAGGGCGCAAGCAACUCAACAUCGCCGCCGACGCCCGGCUCAAACAACGCACCGUCUUUGAUUUCAACUUUGCGAUUCUGUUCCUGAUCGGACUUCAUGGGAUAUCCGUUUUCAAAAUAUUGACAAUCCUGUUUAUCAAUUACAAAAUCGCUAAAGGACUUCCGCGGGCAUACAUUCCAGCGGCGACAUGGAUAUUCAAUUUGAUUGUUCUGUUCGCCAAUGAGCUGUGCGAUGGGUAUCCUUUGGCAAGCAUUGCAAAAUUUUUCGUUUCGUCAGAGGUCUCUGCGGCAAAGGAAGUACCCACGCUGGUCGCAUGGGCGGAAUUCUUGGAUGGAUUUGGUGGCCUAAUGGCACGGUGGCAGAUUCUGUUCAAGUUUACUAUCCUACGCUUGAUCAGUUUCAACAUGGACUAUUACUGGAGUCUGGACUACGCCUCAGACAGUCCUAUCGAGGUACGCUUUCAAGAUAUUACGUUUACCUGGUAUAUGACUGACACUCCUAAGAAGAAGCAAAUCGAUCCAUCAUCAAUGUCUGAGCGGGACCGUUCUACGAUACCGGCAGACCCAUCUUCAUAUAAUGCUUUGUUUUACACGGCUUAUGUGUUGUACUCUCCUCUCUAUCUGUCAGGACCUAUUGUCAGCUUCAACGACUACAUAUCGCAGCAGCGAUAUCCAUCGCCUGCCCUAACACCAACACGAAAUCUACUAUAUGGGAUUCGCUUCCUUCUGACUCUGCUGUGUAUGGAACUUGUGCUCCACUUCAUCUAUACAGUUGCCAUCUCAAAAUCGACGAGUGAUUGGUCGAUCUACACACCCGGCCAAAUUAGUAUGCUGGGUUAUUUCAAUCUAAAGAUCAUCUGGUUGAAGCUUUUGAUUCCAUGGCGACUGUUCCGGCUGUGGGCUCUGCUCGACGGCAUCGAUCCACCCGAGAAUAUGGUUCGAUGCAUGUCUAAUAACUACUCUGGGUUGUCAUUCUGGCGCGCAUGGCACCGAUCAUACCAUCUCUGGGUUCUCCGAUAUCUGUAUUUCCCGCUGGGCGGCGGUCGUCGAUCAUCGUCUUCCAAGUCGACCCCCAAAGACUCGCCACCACCGACUUCCUCACUUCUGUCCCGAGCACGCGGCAUCUUCAACCAACUCAUCGUCUUCACCUUUGUCGCCGUCUGGCACGACAUCAAUCUGCGUCUCCUCAUGUGGGGAUGGCUAAUCACAUUAUUCGUCCUCCCGGAAAUCAUCGCCAAGCUCAUCUUCCCAGCAUCACGCUGGCGUUCUCACCCAAAUCUGUACCGUGUGAUUUGCGGUAUCGGUGCUGUAGGCCCGAUCUUGGCUAUGAUGACCGCGAAUCUUGUUGGAUUCGCACUAGGUGUAGACGGGCUGAAGGGCUUUCUGGCGGGGAUACUGGGAUCGUGGAAAGGCGCUGGAUUUAUGAUGGGUGCUUGCGGUGCUUUGUUUGUGGGUAUUCAGGUUAUGUUUGAGAUACGAGAGGCGGAGCAGAGGAAGGGGAUCAAGUUGAGUUUUUAA